GACCUUGCAUCCUGUAGCUUUCUCCUUUCAUAGCUAACAAUUCUUAUUUUCGAUUUGGUUUUAUUUCCACCUCCUCACUAGUCACUAGGUUUGUUCCUUUAGAAUUUCCCAUAUAGGCAUAUACAUAGAUAGAUAGAUAGAAGGGUGAAAGUGAAAGCAGGUGGAGAGGUUAAUUAACAAGAUAGAUAUAUGGCUGAUGCAUUUGAUGAGGAGUGUGAUUAUCUGUUCAAAGCUGUUCUGAUUGGGGACUCAGGGGUUGGGAAAUCAAAUCUGCUAUCAAGGUUUGCAAAAGAUGAAUUCCGGUUUGAUUCAAAGCCCACUAUAGGAGUCGAAUUUGCUUACCGCAACAUCAAAAUUGCAGACAAACUCAUCAAAGCACAGAUAUGGGACACUGCCGGCCAAGAACGGUUUAGAGCAAUCACAAGCUCAUAUUACCGAGGAGCAUUAGGGGCAUUGCUAGUGUAUGACAUAACAAGGCGAUCUAGUUUUGAGAACGCGAGAAAAUGGAUGGUGGAGUUGAGAGAGUUUGGAGGGAAAGACAUGGUGGUUAUUCUGGUGGGGAACAAGUGCGAUCUGGAACAAACAAGGGAAGUGGAGGAAGAAGAAGCAAAAGGGUUUGCAGAGAGAGAAGGAUUAUGCUUCAUGGAAACCUCUGCUCUCAAGAAUCUGAAUGUGGACCAAGUUUUCCUGCAAAUGAUCACAAGGAUUCAUGACAGCACAAGCCACAAGAGUUUGGACGCCAAAGCGGAUCAAGAAAAACAAAUUACUCUCUCCGAUGCCAAGGAGAUACACAUAGAUGCUGCUAAUGAAGUCACUGCAACUAAACAAACUUCUUAUUAUUACUGCUGUUCAACAUGAGACGUGCAUCACACUUUUCCUUCAAACAUGUUCAACUUCAUCGCUUGUCUCCUUAGGGUUAGGAUGAUAUAUGCUUAAAGAUAAAAGAAAGUUAGAAUACCAAUACUUUUUUGUUAGUGAGUAUUCGCCAUAUAUUUGAUUUAAUAGGGCCUCUUUAACAUUUCCUUUUUAUUUAAAUUUUUAUA